AAUAAUAAUAAAAAAACGAGGCACCAGGGGGGAAGAGAUAAUUUGGCAGCCUAAUUAUUUAUUUUUUUUUGGACAGUUGGCAUGUAAAAAUUAAGUGAAAAUUAUAAUAAUUAUCAAGUCAAAUUGUGUUAUGUUGUUAUUAUCACAGCUAAUAAUUAUCUAACCGUCAUUAUGGAAUCUGACAGAUGUACAUCGUCAUCAAUGUCAUCAUACUCAUCUUACAAAAACAACACAACCAUGAAUAUUUCAAGAUCAUGUAAAAUUAAUAAUCGUAAAUUUAUUGCUUCAAUGACAAUUAAUUUGCCAAAAAAAACAAUAAAUAAUAAUCAUUUUAAAUAUCCAAGUGAGGAAUAUCAUAACGUCAUGCGAGCAUUUAUAAGUAGACGUGAAAAUACCAACGAUAAUCAACAUCAACUGACUUCUUCAUCAUCCGACAAAGUCAACAUAAACAAGACUAAAAAAUUUGAUAUUAUAUUUAAUAAUAAAAAUAACAUCAACAAUAAUAAUCAUGAUAACAAUAAAAAAUUGAUACUUGAUUAUCCUCACAUGGAUCCACAUGAUAUACAUGAGUUAAAUUCAGUACCAGGUACAAAAAAUCAUAAAAUUAAAUAUCAUCAUGCUGAAUGGAAAAAUACUGAUGUAUCAAUUAGAAAAUAUAAUCAUCCAGAUUAUAAAAAUGCAAUAAAAGCUGAUCUCAAAGUAUUAUCAAACAUUCAACAUCCAAAUAUAUUAUUGUUAAUGGGAGUAACAACAAAACCAGAUAAUCAUGAUAUUAUAAUACCAAUAUUUGAGUCAAUUAAUUGUACACUAUACAAUUAUAUUAAUAACAAAGAGUUUAAAAAAAAAAUAACAAUACAAGAAAUAAUUAAAUAUGGUAAAAAUUUAUCAUCAGGAUUAAUGUAUGCACAUGAACGUGGUUAUAUACAUAGUGCAGUAAGUCCACAUAGUAUCUUCAUUGCAUCAAAUGGUUUGAUAAAACUUGGUGGCUGGGAAUUGGCCAUCAACAUGAACGAGUCGAAAAUACGUAAUAAUUAUGAUGAUAAUUUGCGAUCAGAAAUAUUAAAAUGGCUUGCACCAGAGAUAUACAAUAAAAAUUCACAGGAAAUAUCGACAAGCACGGAUGUUUAUGGCUUGACAUUAGUUAUAUUGGAAAUGUGUACUUUAAGUAAAUGUAUACCUUGGUCUGUUGCUUCAGGCGUUAUGAAGUAUGAUCAAAAAGUUGAUGUUGAGAUGGAAUAUACCAAGUGGAAAUGCGGUAUCAUCACAGACAUGAACAACAACUAUCCACCACUUUUAACUAGUAUUGUAGAAGCUGGUUUACAGCUUGAUUCUACCAAGAGAACUAUCAACAUGCCUAAGAUGAACAAAUUCCUUCAAAGACUAGAUAUUCAAUAUCAACAAAAAUCACUAAUAUAUAUUUAUAAUUUAAUUCAUCAUCAUCAACAACAAAAUAAUAUUAAUAAUAAUUAUCAUUCAAUGUCAGAUUUUUCUACAAUAUUUUCAAGUGAUUUAACAAAUGAAUAUUCACAAAUUGAUAGUACAACAACAACAAGUUCAACUUUAUCAUCAAGUUUUAAAAAAAGUCUUGAUAGUUGUUCAAUUAAUAAUAACACUGAUAAUGAUACAUCAAUGAACAUGUUUGAUGAUGUUAUCGAAAUGACUCCUCCAUUAAUUAAUGAAAAUAAUAAUAAAAAAAUUAAUAUUUUAAAUACAGUUGAUGAUUCAAGUGAUCCUCGUGAGCACAUAAAAAUAAUCAAACAAACUUUAGCAAAUAAAAGAAAAAAUUUUUUUAAUGAUGGUAAUAUUUCACACAUUUCAUCUGCUAAUAAUAAUAAUAAUAAUAAUGAAAAUAUAAAAUUACAUCAAGUUAAUAAAUACAAAGACGACUGUCAUACAAAAAUAUUAAAAUUAAAAAAUAAUAUUUCAUUAUUACCAAUAAAAGAGACACUUGUAUCAGAUAACAACGAGGCACAAGCUUUCUUUGAAGCGUCAUUGUGGAGAAAGGAACGUCUGAUUUGCAUGUCUAAAAUGAGAGAAAUCAAGCCUAAAGGCUUAAUGUCUGAUACAAAUUCAAGUAAUGAUACAAAUCAAAUUACCAAUAUAUCAUCAACACCAAGUAACGAUACAUAUAAUAUUAAAACACAAAGUUCAUAUAUUAAAAAUAAUAAUAAACAAAUGAUUAAUGUUACUAAUAAAACAUCAUUUGAAAAAUUAAAAGAUGCAUUGGACAGAGCAACUUUGCUUGUCAAUGAAAAUACAUUAAAUUCAUCAAAAAAUGAUUCAAAUAAUAAAACAAAUGAUUAUUCAAAUGAAAAAACAAUUUUCGAUGAACUUUAUGAAUUAAAUAAUACUGAAGAUAUUUUAAAUAAUCAUGAAAAUGAUAGUGGUGAUACUUAUACUAUCACUAAUGAUGUCAAUCAAUUGAUAACAAAAAUUAAUUGUUCUGGUGCUAAAUGUACAAAGUACAAUGCAAAUAAAAAUAAUAACAACAAAAAUAUUGACACUUGUAAUCAUGAUGAUUUGAACAAAACAAUGAGAGAUGAAAAGAGUGGCAAAGAUUAUGCAUAUUUUGUUUUUGAUGAUAAACCAAGGAUGUGUACAAAAUGUACAACUUGUUGCAAUAAUAAAAAUACACUUCAAACAAGAAGAAUGUCACUUCCAGAUACUUUUGAAUCAUCAACAACAAAAAUCAACAAUUAUUCAAUACUCAGUGAACAAACAAUUGAACUACAAAAUAAUACUGUUGAAGAUAUUUAUAUUGAUGAUGAAUUUGGUGAAAAUUUAGCUGUUAACAUGGUACUUAUUGACGAGGAUCAUUCAAUUGAUGAUGACUUGUUUCAAGAUUUUACAUUUGAUGAUAGCUCAUAGCUUUUAAAUAACAUUCAUUAUGUUAUUAAUUAAAUAUUUAAACACUAUGUUAGUUUUAAAAUAAUCACUCAAUUAAAAACAUUAAUUAUUAUAAUCAUACAAUUGAUUGUUUAAAACAAAUCAAUAUUAUUUUUUUAUUAUUAUUUAAAAAAAAAAAAAAGGAUAACCAAAAGAAAGCUAAUUUAUAAUUAUAUUUCACAAAAAAUCAUUAUAAAUGAAUAGACAAGUAUUACGUAAUGUUAGGAUAUUAAUUGUUAAAAACAAAAAAAAAAUUAAAAUUUAAUAUUUUUAUAAACAAUGAGAUUGAUCAAGAGCCUUUGGUUUUGGUCGUUUAUAAUUACUAAAUAAUUAUCUUAUUGUCAAAUUAGUUGACGGUAUAUAAAUUUGUAUACAUAAUAAAUAAAAUAUCAAUAAAAAAUAUAUGUAAUUUUGAUUGAC